AUGACUCAAUUGUCACACAAAGAGUUGUUUUCUCUUUACCAUUCUGGAAAUAAAUCGUCUAAUGAACUUGAACUGUUAGAACAAGUUGAAGAACGUAUUUCCAAAUGGAAACUUAAUAAGUGGGAGAUGCGAGUUCCACCCUUACUUCCUGCUCAUGAAAAGGAAGUAAUGCGUCGUCAGCAAGAACUUUUAAAGAGUUCUUUUUUUCACUGGGGAAAAUGUCGUGACGCACUUAAUGCGGAUAUUGAAAUUGUUUCUUCUUUGACUGGAAUAUCAAAAGAAGAUGUUAGGGGAAAAAAUCGUUCUUGGAUGCAAGAAGAAGCUGCAAAGUUGCGUUGGAUGGGAGAAGUAAAUAAGGCUACACGUUUGCGUGAUGCGUUUAUGCGUUUGGAGAUUUAUGGAUCAAGGGAUCAUAUGCUUUUAGAGCGACUUUGUUGUAUAUAUGGUUUAGCUUUACAGGGAACCUUUGAAUCUGCUUUUUCAAAUUAUAUUAUGGAAGACCCGCUGACGAAAAAGAUUUUUGUUGAUGAAAGUAAUCCUUUUCGUGAUCUUAUUUCUCAUAUUAUUAAGACAUAUCCUCAAAUAGAUAUUAUCUAUGAUUUUCUCGGUUUUAAUAUUACAGAGGGUUAUCGCUCAUCCUUGCGUCGAUAUUUAGAAAGUUUACUCUUAAAAACGGAUCAAGAGACAAAAUCCAAAGGUCGAUUAGCUUUUGGAAAUGGAAAAAAACUUGAGUUUCUUUUCGAUUUUUGUGAUAGUAGAAAAUCUUUGGUUUCAGGUGAGUGUGUACAAGGGAUGCCCGAUUUUUUGUAUGUUAAUGGAACGGAUAUUACUCUUAUUAUUAUAGCUUCAGAAAAUACAUGGUUACGUAACCGUCAGUUACCCCACAGAAAACAAAUGGAAGGGAUUGCAAGACGAGCUAGUUUUGUUACGGGAAUUCCAUUUUCUGAGGUGCGUAUUCGAAAUCUUCUUCUUCCACCUGCCUACCUCGACAAGAACUCUAUUCUUCGAAUUAAUGAGGUUCUUUUUGGAUUGUCGAAAGAAGAAGAACAAAAACUGGUCCCGUGGUUGAUGGUCUACGAUAAGGAGUUAGAUUCUAAAGAUGUUGAUUUCUGCGCACUUGUAAAAUCAACAAACGAAGAAGAAUGGCUAACAUUGUAA